UUCUGAGGCUCGAGCAACGCAUGUUUCUCAAGGCCGCGUUUCAGUUGCUGGAGGAACGAGAUCGCCUCUUUCCGGCGUCGAUCGGCUCGUGGGGCACCGCCGCCGGGGGGUGGGUACCUCCAAGCGGUGGCGGCGGUGGCGGCGGGGGCAGCAACCUUCGCGACCAGCGAGGCGGGUACGUUAACGGCGCGGCCGUUUCCGCCGGAAAGGCUGGCGAGGGCCCUCGCUUCCAUUUCCAGCAGCACGAGCCAACUUUCUACGCGAACAGGCCGAGGAUUCUCAAGUCAGGGACCCUGCGGAAGGCCACGGCGAGGAGCGUUGGGCGCCUCGAGAAAACCACGUGGAAAACCAAGUACGUCGAGCUCACACCCGGGAGCUUCGCGUACUCAGACAACGGACCCAUCGUGAUAGGGAAAAGCCGAAGCGCAAAGGUUCUCCCGCUCCACCAAGGGUUCUGCACCUGCCGGUCUGUCAAAACAAAGCACCGCGUUACGAGGAGCAAAAAUAGUUUAGUUCUUGCCAACCUCCCGAAAUCCUCACAGUACCACCAUGCGAGGGCCGGGAUGAGUUAUGGUGGGGCUGGGAGGAUAGAGGGGGGCGGGUUUGGUGGGGGGAUGGGGGGGGGGUCGACUAGCAAGCACCUGCUGGAGAUUGAAGUGGUGGGCUCGAAACGGAGAGUGUGGGCGGCGGAGAGCAAGCAGGAGUGCCGUCGAUGGGCGUAG